ACCCGAGGGACAUUUAUCCAUCAUCUUCUUCUGCAUCACCUUCAUCAUCUGCUUCACCUGGUUCUUGGUUUUGUUUCAACUUAAAAAGAAGGUUCAGGUUUCUGACAGACAGCUGAAAGCGCCGUCCCCAAAACUCCCCCACGCCAACCACUCCUUCAGACUCUGCCCAGAGGUCAAAGGGCACCAAGGUUUUGACGUCAGAAAGCAUGGUCCAAGUUGAACUCCCUGUAGCUGUAGCCACACCCACUCCCCAGCAACAGCCAAUCACAGCCUGUUAUCGCCCAGGACCUCCUACCAGUUCUUUGCUGAGCCCCACCCCCAUCUUUAGUGAAGACUCCCCCCCGUUGACCAACAGUGCCUCGGUGACUGCCAAUAACGAACUAAAACCCUGCUCCUCCCCCUUCAGGAUGAAACCUGCAGCAGGACUGCAAGAAAGACGAGGUUCUAAUGUCUCUCUGGUGUUGGACAUGUCUGCUCUGGGUGCUGUGGAGCCGCUCAGUGUUGCCGUGGUAACCCCCAGGGAGACGGCGGCCAAGGAGUACCUGCUGUCUGCCGGCCGACCAAUAACACAGCAGCAGCUUCGUGACAUCAUCAACAACACACACAAGCUUCAUGCAGAAUUUGCAGAAAUUCCCAUGAAUUUUAUUGAUCCCAAGGAGCUGGAUAUUCCAAACCAUGGAACCAAGAACAGAUACAAGACCAUCCUCCCCAACCCUCAUUCCAGAGUGGUCCUGAAGUCAAACAGCAGCAACGACCUGCUGGGCUCCUACAUCAACGCUAAUUACAUACGGGGUUACCAAGGUGACGAGAAGGUGUACAUUGCCACUCAGGGACCCAUGGUGAAUACAGUGAGUGACUUCUGGCAGAUGGCGUUUCAAGAGGAGUCGCCUGUCAUCAUCAUGAUCACCAAACUGAAAGAGAAGAACGAGAAAUGUGUUCUGUAUUGGCCGGAGAAGCGGGGGAUCUAUGGGAGGGUCGAAGUGUUGGUCAGUGGCGUCAGAGAGUGUGAACAUUACACCGCACGCAGCCUCACGCUUAAGUGUGGGAAUCAAACCCACACCCUUCAGCAUUACUGGUACACAUCAUGGCCUGACCACAAAACCCCCGACUCAGCGCUGCCGCUGCUGCAGCUGAUGAACGACGUUGAGAUGGACAGACGGAAUGCCACCACUGCGGGACCGGUUAUUGUCCACUGCAGUGCCGGGAUCGGCCGCACAGGCUGUUUCAUCGCCACGACGAUAGGCUGUCGGCAGCUGCAGCUGGAAGGAGUCGUGGAUGUGCUGAGCAUCACUUGUCAACUUCGAGCCGACAGAGGUGGUAUGAUCCAGACAGGUGAGCAGUACGAGUUUGUCCAUCACGCCUUGAGCAUGUAUGAAGCCCGCCUCCCUGCAGAACCCGGCCAAUGAGGGAACCUUUAAACCUGGAGGUGUGAUCAUGUGUACUUUAGCAGGAAAUUAGGAAGCGAGGGAAGAGGCGGGAAUUUAGUUUGAAGAACAAAACGAGCAGUCGCUGCGGACUGUUGAGGGCGUAGCCUGCCGGAGGAGACUAAACAUCUGGAAUGUAUCGGUUCGUCUUCUUUGGUGGUUCUUCACAGGAAAUCAAGACAACAACAACAGCAGAUGUGACGUUUUUAAACAACCAAACUGUCGUCAUGGAGAUGUUGGAAUCCUUUGAACUGGUUGUCGAUUAACACUAAUGCGUUUCUGUGUCGUUUACCAUUUUAAAAUUACUUAACAACAUGUUGAAACUGACUGUUAGAUAUUUGUAGCUUUUUAAGAUUCUAAUCAUUUGUCCAAACUAACCAGGCUAGCCACACGACACGGGCUAAAUGCUAACAGACUAACAAUGAUUUAGCCCCUCGUAUGAAACAGGAUUU